AUGGCGCCCCCAACUCUUGAUCGAAAGCGCAAAUCUGUGACGCGCGAUUUGCUGGAAAUAUCAGAUGGCGAGUCGGAAGCUGAAUUUGGUGAUGGAAUGCUAGAAGGCAUUUUGUCGCAAAGCGAAGAUUCCGACAUCGACAGUGAUGGAGACGAGGACAGUGACGAGGAAGACGAUGAAGAUGCGGAGACAUCGGAAGCCCUGGAUAGCGACGAAAUACCCUCAGAGGACGAAGAUGAGGCCGCUGCUAUUGGGGCGCUGGUCAAAACCAAUGGGGAAAAAAAGAAAUCGAUAUCGGAAGAAGACGACGAGAAUAAGCCGAAUUAUACCAUCACCACCGACGCUAAUGGAGGGAUAAGAUACGUCUACAAAGAAAUUGAUCCUGUCUAUGACUCUGACGACUCCGAUGCGCAAGAUGCCACCAACACGAUUGGGAGCAUUCCCCUGACUUUCUAUGAUUCGUAUCCACAUAUUGGCUACGAUAUCAAUGGGAAGAAGAUCAUGCGGCCAGCAAAGGGGGAGGCCCUAGAUGCGCUGUUAGACAGCAUUGAUGUUCCCAAGGGCUGGACUGGGCUUACAGAUCCAGCUACUGGCAAACCCUUGAACCUGAGUCAGGAUGAGCUGGAGAUUCUUAGAAGAAUUCAGACAAAUGAGAUGCCUGAGGAAGGCUACGACCCGUAUCCUGCUACUGUCGAAUACUUCACUGGGAUCGAGGAAAUUAUGCCUCUCAGUGCAGCCCCCGAGCCAAAAAGACGCUUCCUGCCUUCCAAACAUGAAGCCAAGAGGAUAAUGAAGAUUGUUCGAGCCAUACGGGAAGGAAGGAUACUUCCAUACAGACCUCAUGAGGAGAAAGAAGAAGAGGAGGAGGAGACCCACUACGAUAUUUGGCAAGAUGAGGUACCUCGUCCUGAUCAUAUCAUGAACAUCCCCGCACCGAAAAUGCCUCCUCCAGGAUACGAUAUGAGCUACAAUCCACCUCCUGAGUAUCUCCCAACAAAAUCAGAGAGGCAAGAGUGGGAAUCAACCGACCCUGAAGAUAGGGAAAAGGAAUACCUGCCAACCGGUUAUGAUUCCCUGCGCAAAGUACCCGGUUACGAAAAUUUCAUCAAGGAGAGAUUUGAACGCUCCUUAGACUUGUACCUGGCACCCAGAGUCCGCAAGAACAGACUAAACAUCGAUCCCGCAUCACUUUUACCCAAACUCCCAAGACCCGAAGAGCUGAAGCCGUUCCCAACCGUAUGCUCGACACUCUUCCGCGGUCACGAUGGACGAGUCCGCAGUUUGGCCAUCGAUCCUACUGGAAAUUGGCUUGCAAGUGGCGGAGACGAUGGUACUGUCCGUGUUUGGGAGCUUUUGACCGGUCGACAGGUCUGGAGCGCCAAGAUCGGAGAUGAGGAAGCGGUCAAUGUUGUGAGAUGGCGACCAUUUUCUUCGGAAGAUAAUGCAUUAAUUCUUUCUGCCGCAGCUGGUGAAGAUAUCUAUCUCCUAGUACCGCCGAUUGUGGAUCCAGAAACCGAGGCCGUUGGCAAGGCAGUGCUCGAUAAAGGAUUUGGUCAUGCGACAAACGCGGUGCAGCCACUUACAGCGAAUGGAGCACGAAAGGAACCUGUUGCAAAGUGGACUCGUCCGGGAUCUCGUCUUGCAGAUGAGGGAGCUCUCAUCAAAAUAACAGUCCGAACCACCGUUAAGGUUAUCAGCUGGCACAAAAGAGGUGACUUUUUCUCGACCGUCUCUCCAACGGCUCAGAGGAGUGCUGUUGCUAUUCACACGCUUUCAAAACAUCUCACGCAAAUUCCUUUUCGCAAACUCCCUGGAAUCCCACAGACGGUUCAGUUCCAUCCCUCCCGGCCCCUCUUCUUCGUCGCGACCCAGCGAACAAUCCGGAGCUACGAUCUUCAGAAGCAAGAACUGGUCAAGAUCAUUCAACCAGGAGCGAGAUGGAUCUCUUCAUUCGACAUCCACCCAGGCGGUGACAAUCUGAUUGUGGGCUCAUACGAUCGACGACUUCUGUGGCACGACUUGGACCUCUCCACACGGCCAUACAAGACCAUGAGAUUUCAUUCGAAGGCUAUCCGAGCAGUGAAAUACCACAAGGGAGGCUUCCCGCUAUUCGCUGAUGCUAGUGACGAUGGUAGCUUGCAAAUUUUCCAUGGCAAGGUUGUCAGCGACAUGAUGGAGAAUGCCACCAUUGUACCGGUGAAGGUUCUCAAGGGACACAAGAUUAAGAGUGCAUUGGGAGUGAUGGAUAUCGAUUGGCAUCCUAGGGAGCCGUGGUGUGUUAGUGCUGGUGCAGAUGGGACUUGUCGCUUGUGGAUGUGA